AGCUAGCUGCGCCUGCUUUUCUCUUCGCCGUCACAUAGAACCAGCUGGGGAGCUGUGAACGGGUAUAUACAUCUCCCCAUACGUGCGCCUAUCCGCCGUACCUCUAUCCGUUGCUCUGGGACAGGGAGGAAUGGUAAAGGUCGAGGCGAGCAGUUUGCCGGCUGCCAAGAAACACGAGGAGAAGAAACAUUCCUUGACUCCAGUUAGUGACAGACCAUGCGCCCAGAUAGUGUUGUGCGACUGGUGUUCGGCGCGGCUAGUGCCGCUGUGGGGAGAGCCACCCAAACGCAUCAUCACCUAGAUAGUGUCGGCGGUGCCCUACAGAAAGUCCUAGCUGGUAUGGAGAAGGCAAGUCGGAAGACUGGACGCUCUCUUCCUCCCAGACUUGUGGCUGCGAGCAAGAGCCAACCGGUAGAGCUCGUUCAAAAUGCGUAUGACUACGGUGUACGUCACUUUGGAGAGAACUAUGUUCAAGAGUUGACGACCAAAGCUAGAGAACUAAAGGGUUUAGAUAUUCGGUGGCACUAUAUUGGACGAUUAAAGAAGAGGAACGCAAAGAAACUUGUUGAGGUCCCAGGUCUGUGGAUGGUGGAGACUGUGGACUCCUUCAAGGCUGCAGAGGCUCUGGAUCGCCGGUGGGGUGACAGGGGGCUCGACUGCGGCUCUCUUCGCAUCAUGCUCCAGGUCAACACGAGUCGAGAGGAGAGCAAGCGGGGAUGUGUUCCAGAGGCCUGUAGUGACUUAGGUCACUACGUCUUAGAAGAGUGUCCACACCUACGGCUGACUGGCCUCAUGACUAUUGGACGGCAGUCUCAGCCAAUCACUCCUAAUCCAGACUUCAUGAAACUGGUGUGGUGUCGGGAGGUGCUGUGUCAACAAUUGCAUUGUGCUGAGUUGGAGUUGAGUAUGGGAAUGACUGAGGAUUACCAGCAUGCUAUUGAGUUGGGGAGCACAAGUGUCAGGAUAGGAAGAGCCAUCUUCUCUCCAGACCUCUAGCAGCAAGCCUCGACUGUGUGUCUUAUUAUGGCGAUCCUCACUCACCCGUCUCCUCCCAACAUAUCUCUUGUGACUGUUCUGUUUUAUAGCAAUGCGUGCUGUUGUAUGUCAUUGUGGUUUUGUGUCACAAGAAAACACUAGGUGGGGACUUAUUGGGAGUUGCCUUGUCUUGCUGUGUUACACUAUAUACACAGCGACUGAAAUCACAUUGGAAAUGAUCACAGUACAACACUUAAACUGACUCCAAAUUCAGAUGAACAAAAGGUGCUCUCUACACAUAACUAAAUAAUUCUCAAAAAGAUACUCUAAUGAUUAUAUCUUGGUAGGAGAGUAUGGGGGAGUCAUUUUUGCUACUCGUCCUUGGUGCCAUGUUUGAGGAUUCGCGUGAAGGCCACAUAGUCAAAGUUGCCAGCACUGUCCACUGGAGCACCACGCAGCAUCUGGUCCACCUGCCACCAGUAAACCGGUCACCCAUGGUGGUCAACAACUCACGUAGACUGUAUAUAGACGUAUGUGUGUUGGAAGACAGAACAAUGCCAUAAUGGAACACUCAUACAAAUCAUGUACAGUAAUUGUA